GAUGAGCACUACAGCAACUGUGGUUAUAGUGUGGCUCUGGGGACCAAUGGGUUCACCUGGGAGCAGAUUAACACAUGGGAGAAACCAAUGCUGGACCCAGCAGUGCCCACAGGAUCCUUCAUGAUGGUGAACAGCUCUGGGAGGGCCUCUGGCCAGAAGGCUCACCUUCUUCUGCCCACCUUGAAGGAGAACGACACCCACUGCAUUGACUUUCAUUACUACUUCUCCAGCCGUGACCGCUCCAGCCCGGGGGCUUUGAAUGUCUACGUGAAGGUCAAUGGUGGACCCCAGGGGAACCCUGUCUGGAAUGUGUCUGGGGUAGUCACCGAGGGCUGGGUGAAGGCGGAACUUGCCAUUAGCACCUUCUGGCCACAUUACUACCAGGUGAUUUUUGAAUCCGUCUCUUUGAAAGGUCAUCCUGGCUACAUCGCUGUGGACGAGGUCCGGGUCCUUGCUCAUCCAUGCAGAAAAGCACCCCAUUUUCUACGACUCCAAAACGUCGAGGUGAACGUGGGGCAGAAUGCCACAUUUCAGUGCAUUGCUGGUGGGAAGUGGUCUCAGCAUGACAAACUUUGGCUUCAGCAGUGGAAUGGCAGAGACACGGCCCUCAUGGUCACUCGUGUGGUUAACCACAGGCGUUUCUCGGCCACAGUCAGCGUGGCAGACACUGCCCAGCGCAGUGUCAGCAAAUACCGCUGCGUGAUCCGCUCGGAUGGUGGGUCUGGCGUUUCCAACUACGCAGAGCUGAUUGUGAAAGAGCCCCCCACGCCCAUCGCGCCCCCGGAGCUGCUGGCGGUGGGGGCCACCUACCUGUGGAUCAAGCCAAAUGCCAACUCCAUCAUUGGGGAUGGACCCAUCAUCCUGAAGGAGGUGGAGUACCGCACCACCACAGGCACUUGGGCCGAGACCCACAUCGUUGACUCUCCUAACUAUAAGCUGUGGCAUCUGGACCCCGAUGUGGAGUAUGAGAUCCGAGUGCUGCUUACAAGGCCAGGGGAAGGGGGAACAGGACCUCCAGGGCCUCCCCUCACCACUAGGACCAAGUGUGCCGACCCUGUGCAUGGCCCACAGAAUGUGGAGAUUGUGGACAUCCGAGCCCGGCAGCUGACCCUCCAGUGGGAGCCCUUUGGCUAUGCAGUGACCCGCUGCCACAGCUACAAUCUCACAGUGCAAUACCAGUACGUGUUCAACCAGCAGCAGUACGAGGCUGAAGAGGUCAUCCAGACCUCUUCCCAUUACACCCUGCGGGGCCUGCGCCCCUUCAUGACCAUCAAGCUGCGGCUACUGCUGUCCAACCCUGAGGGACGGAUGGAGAGUGAGGAGCUGGUGGUGCAGACUGAAGAGGAUGUUCCGGGAGCUGUUCCUCUUGAAUCCAUCCAAGGGGGACCUUUUGAAGAGAAGAUCUACAUCCAGUGGAAACCUCCCAAUGAAACCAAUGGUGUCAUCACACUCUACGAGAUCAACUACAAGGCUGUUGGCUCCCUGGACCCAAGUGCUGACCUGUCCAGCCAGAGGGGGAAGGUGUUCAAGCUCCGGAAUGAAACUCACCACCUUUUUGUGGGUCUGUAUCCAGGGACCACCUAUUCCUUCACCAUCAAGGCCAGCACAGCCAAGGGCUUUGGGUCCCCAGUUACCACUCGGAUUGCUACCAAAAUUUCAGCUCCUUCGAUGCCUGAAUAUGAUACAGACACCCCACUGAAUGAAACGGACACAACCAUCACAGUAAUGCUGAAACCAGCCCAGUCCAGGGGAGCUCCUGUCAGUGUGUAUCAGCUGGUUGUCAAGGAGGAGCGACUUCAGAAUUCACGAAGAGCAGCUGACAUCAUUGAGUGCUUCUCAGUACCUGUGAGCUAUAGGAAUGCCUCCAGCCUGGAUUCUCUACACUACUUUGCUGCUGAAUUGAAGCCCGCCAAUCUGCCUGUCACCCAACCAUUUACAGUGGGUGACAACAAAACAUACAAUGGCUACUGGAACCCCCCUCUCUCCCCACUGAAAAGCUACAGCAUCUACUUCCAGGCACUCAGUAAAGCAAAUGGAGAGACCAAAAUCAACUGUGUUCGUCUGGCUACGAAAGGUGCCUCCUCACAGAACUCUAACACCGUGGAACCAGAGAAGCAGGUGGACAACACUGUGAAGAUGGCUGGCGUGAUCGCUGGCCUCCUCAUGUUCAUCAUCAUUCUACUGGGUGUGAUGCUCACUAUCAAAAGGAGAAGAAAUGCUUAUUCCUACUCCUAUUACUUGAAGCUGGCCAAGAAGCAGAAGGAGACACAGAGUGGAGCCCAGAGAGAGAUGGGACCUGUGGCCUCAGCUGACAAACCCACCACCAAGCUCAGCACCAGCCGCAACGAUGAAGGCUUCUCCUCUAGUUCCCAGGAUGUUAAUGGAUUUAACGGCAGCCAUGGGGAGCUGUCCCAGCCCACCCUCACGAUCCAGACUCAUCCCUACCGGACCUGUGACCCUGUGGAGAUGAGCUACCCCCGGGACCAGUUCCAACCUGCCAUCCGUGUAGCCGACCUGUUGCAGCACAUCACCCAGAUGAAGAGAGGCCAGGGCUACGGGUUCAAGGAGGAAUAUGAGAAAGAUCUCUCUGAUUACAGUGGAGGAUGGAUUGGAGGGGACAAACCCAAAGCAAGAGAACCCAAAGAGGAGAUUCAUGGGAAAGUAUUUCUCCAGGCCUUACCAGAGGGGCAGACAGCUUCGUGGGAUACAGCCAAGGAAGAUGAAAACCGCAAUAAGAAUCGAUAUGGGAACAUCAUAUCUUAUGACCAUUCCCGGGUGAGGCUGCUGGUGCUGGAUGGAGACCCACACUCGGACUAUAUCAACGCCAACUACAUUGAUGGGUACCAUCGACCACGGCACUACAUUGCAACCCAAGGUCCCAUGCAGGAGACGGUGAAGGACUUCUGGAGAAUGAUCUGGCAGGAGAACUCGGCCAGCAUCGUCAUGGUCACAAACCUGGUGGAAGUGGGCAGGCACCCAGCGGAACACACUGUGGGAAAUGCCACGCUAGGCCGUGCGGCGUCCCCCGGAAUGGUGAAGUGUGUGAGAUACUGGCCAGAUGACACAGAAGUCUAUGGAGACAUUAAAGUCACCCUGAUUGAAACAGAGCCCCUAGCAGAAUAUGUCAUCCGUACCUUCACAGUCCAGAAGAAAGGCUACCAUGAGAUCCGGGAACUCCGCCUCUUUCACUUCACCAGCUGGCCCGACCAUGGCGUCCCCUGCUAUGCCACUGGCCUUCUGGGCUUCGUCCGCCAGGUCAAGUUUCUCAAUCCUCCAGAGGCUGGACCCAUAGUGGUCCACUGCAGUGCUGGAGCUGGGAGGACUGGCUGCUUCAUCGCCAUUGAUACCAUGCUUGACAUGGCUGAGAAUGAAGGGGUGGUGGACAUCUUCAACUGUGUGCGUGAGCUCCGAGCACAGAGAGUCAACUUGGUGCAGACAGAGGAGCAGUAUGUGUUUGUGCACGACGCCAUCCUGGAAGCAUGUCUCUGCGGCAACACGGCCAUCCCCGUGUGUGAGUUCCGCUCUCUCUACUACAACAUCAGUAGGCUGGACCCUCAGACAAACUCCAGCCAGAUCAAAGAUGAGUUUCAGACACUCAACAUUGUGACACCUCGAGUCCGGCCCGAGGACUGCAGCAUCGGGCUCCUGCCCCGGAACCAUGAUAAGAAUCGGAACAUGGAUGUCCUGCCUCUGGACCGCUGCCUGCCUUUCCUCAUCUCAGUGGAUGGAGAAUCCAGCAACUAUAUCAAUGCAGCACUGAUGGAUAGCCACAAGCAACCUGCCGCCUUUGUGGUCACCCAGCACCCUCUACCCAACACUGUGGCAGACUUCUGGAGGCUGGUGUUCGAUUAUAACUGCUCCUCCGUGGUGAUGCUGAAUGAGAUGGACUCCACCCAGCUCUGCAUGCAGUACUGGCCUGAGAAAACAUCUGGGUGCUACGGGCCCAUCCAGGUGGAGUUUGUCUCAGCAGACAUCGACGAGGAUAUCAUCCACAGAAUAUUCCGCAUCUGCAACAUGGCUCGGCCCCAGGAUGGAUAUCGUAUAGUCCAGCACCUCCAGUACAUUGGCUGGCCUGCCUACCGGGACACACCCCCCUCCAAGCGCUCUCUGCUCAAAGUGGUCCGGAGGCUGGAGAAGUGGCAGGAGCAGUACGAUGGGAGGGAGGGACGCACUGUGGUCCACUGCCUAAACGGGGGAGGUCGCAGUGGAACCUUUUGUGCCAUCUGCAGCGUGUGUGAGAUGAUCCAGCAACAAAACAUCAUUGAUGUGUUCCACAUUGUGAAAACACUGCGGAAUAACAAAUCCAACAUGGUGGAGACGCUGGAACAGUAUAAAUUUGUAUACGAGGUGGCACUGGAAUAUUUAAGCUCCUUUUAGCCCAGUGGGGUGUGGGAACCUGCCAGAGUUCAGAGGCUGCUGUGGCCAAGCCCCUUCUUCUCUGAAUGGCAGUGACUGGGCCCGGGGACUCAGAGGUGGCACCCCUGCCUAACUCCGAAAAGAAGACUGGUGGCUCCAAGUUCUGUAGUCGGCUCUGCACCUUCUGAGGGUCUCCUGUAGCUGUGGGAGAUGCUACACUCACAAGCCCAGGAUCCCUUCCAAACCAGACCAGCCACAGCCUUGGGCCGGAACAGAAGUGCACCCACAAACAAGGCCCUGGACUUGUGGUUCCCAGACCUCUUGCUUUUGUUCUUUCCGAGUUUGUGAAUCUCACUGCAAGCCAACUGUGCAGGUGCUGGGGAGCAGGAGGCUGGCCAGCACCUCUUUUUCCCUCCUUGUCUUAGGAGUGUUGGGAAUGUGAAUUCUACUCCUCCAUGCAGUUGUUACGGAAAAGAAUGGGGAUUUGGAAGUCACUGCUCUGAUGCCCCUCUGAUGCAGUUGUCAUCUAGAUGAGCAUCAGGGUGACCUCAGAAUAACCCUGAGACCAUGGCAGAGGCUCCUCUCCAUCCUCACAACUUACUUGCAUGGGGCGUGGCCCACUACCAUGCUGAAUCCCUUCCCCAGCUCAGCCCUUGACUGUCUUUCAUUCACUGGCCAGCCAGCUCUGCCCACAGUGCACUUCGAUAAAGGUUUUCUUUCCUUUUUUUGUGGUCUGUGGGAGGAGGUGGAACUGUGGGGGAAUGUUGCCACUCCUCCUUACCUUUGUAAAAGGGACUAGCCUAGUGCAGGGCUCUGGCUGGCUUGUACAAUGUAACCCUUAUGUUUCCUGGGCCGUAGCUUCCUCUGGGAGGGAUGAAGAAAAUAAGAUGUGAUUAUUUUCCCAAGUGUAUGUGAAAAGAAAUUUUCUGUUAAGGGUGUAACAUCUUAGUCUCUUAUGUUAAAAAGGUAGGGUGGGAGUUUGAGUGUGUAGCUAUGAGACAAAUCUUUGGAGCCUAUUAUAUUGUCUGGCUGUGUCCUUGAAAAGUUCCCACCUAGGAUAGUAUAGCCAUUGAGCAAGGGAGAGAUGGGCUAGUCAGAAAAUGGUAUCUGGGCACCAGCUUUGAGCAUAAUUUGGAUCUCCAAAUUGGAACUUCUUCCUAGAGAAAUCUAGUGUCCAUCUUGCAAAAGGCCUUUGUGGACCCAGUCGUGCUUUGGUUUAAAGGGAUUAGGCCUGGGACUCUGAGUCUUGCCCAAAGUAUGAGCAAGUCAAGGAAAGGGAGGCAACAUCUGCUAAGUAUCUCCUCUAUGAAAGCAUCAUGCUUGGCACCUUCCAUAUGACAUGUCACAUAGUCUCACUACCCCCACCAGGGAGCUCUUAUCAUCUCCAUUUUGCAAUUGAGGAAACUGAGGAACCUUCCUGGGCUCCACAAAGGCAGGCAAAGACAACAAAACUACUCUAAAGUGUUUUCUUCCUACUUUCUCAGCCAAGGAAUUAUUUUAUGGAGGAAGAAUAAGGCUAGAAACUUCUGAACAGAGAACUUCAUGAAUGAAAAUUUCGUUCUUUCUUUCUGAUGCCAGUUCUUCUGGGAAGCCCACAUUUUCAGAUAUAUUUUAUCUGAAAUAAAAUAUAUCAGAUAUAUUUUAAGUCAUUCCUUGCUCCCUUGGAAAGCUAGUUUCAUCUAAUUUCUUCCUGCAGUGAAAAACAAUUCUCCUACACCUUCAAGCUGUAAGGGAGCCGGCCAGGGACACUCUCUACUUUGGUCUCUAGCCAGUGCUUAGGUACAAUGUCUGACACACUCGUGUGUCCUGAGAUCUAAGAACCUCCAUCUUGCAGGCUGGUCUAACCCUGAAUAGGGUAUGAGGAGCACAGAAUUCAAUAAGGCAUAGUUUGUGCCCUUAAAGUCUCACUGUGUACUGGGGAAAUUGGACCACAGUGCAGUUGCAGUGGAGUAUAGGAGUGUUACAUGGGCCUAUGUGCAAGAGAGUUUCACUCUGCCUAGGGCUCUCUAAAGGAAGUAGCAUCCAUUCCAGCUGGGUCUCAUCAGAUACAACAAAGGAAACAAGGAGAUUCAAGCCAGUGGGUCAGUAUGUGCAAUGCAAAGAGGUAUGAAAAGGCAUCAGGAAAGACAGAAGAUGAGAGGCCAGCCCAGCUAGAGCAUAGCAGGACAGGAGGAAUGGCAGGAAGUAAGCUAGGGUCAGGAAGACAGAUGCCCCACAGAGAGUGCAGAUGUUGUCCUGUGGUCAACAGGAAGCCAGCAAAGCUUCACGGUGAUGUGCUCACCCCGUGCUGAGGAGGCCAGCGGGGCUGCCCCCUUCUCCUUUCAUCAGACACUGUGAAAACAUUCCCGUGAGCGUGCUAUUUUUUAAUAUUGUAUCUAUUUGUCUUUCUGCUCAUUAUUUUGUGGCUGGAACAAAAUAUGCAGCGGGUCAUGAGAUGCUGUUCCUGUAAGAAACCCAGGAUGUCUGCUUUACCACAGAGCAGGGUCAGCAAGCCAGGCCUCCAAGCCCACUAGGAUGGAACAUGAAAGCAGCCCACAGAAGCUGCUUCCAUUGGCAUAGGCUCUGGAGCUGCCUAGAUGUCCAGACCACCAGACUUGAUCAAGGAAUCUGUCACUUUGAAAGUUCAAAAGGGAAUCUCAAAGCAAAGGACCCCUGUGACUAACUCACUCUUCUUCUUUGAUGGACCUCUUCCUAAGUGUAUUUGAGCAAGUCCCCAGGGCCCAGCCCUGACUGGUCCUGCUGGCUUCCUCUGGCCCCAGCUCACUGUCCCAACUGGCCUUCCCAGCCUCAAGGAGACUGCAGCAUGGUAUAUCAGCCUGUUGUCUGCUCUUUCCUGAGAUCUUGGUUCAUCCAAACAGGCUGAGGAUGAAAGGAGGGCUGUUUAACACAAACCCUGGGUUUAUGCUGCUCAGGGAGGAGGGAAAUAGCUGCCGGAUAAAAGUGAGGGGGCCUCUAUCAUUUAAAAUGGUGGAAAUGUAAAGGGCAGCUUCAGGGAGGAGGAAAUUUGUAAAACUUCAGGCCAUGGUCUGGUAACCCAAUAAGAGCCAGCUUGUUCCCUCAUUUUACCACAAUUCAGCCACCCUCCAAGAAGGUACGGUAGUGAACUGGUCUUAGGCUAGCAUACACAAAAGGAACUGAGGCUUGUGGGUGGAUAUGACUUCUCUAAUAUCCCACAGGGAGGCUAUAUGGCAGGGGUUGAAUGAGAUCGGGUAAAGAUGCUCAGAAUUUGGACUUGAUUACCUGCUCAGGAAAUCUCUCAAGCAAACACCACCUCUCCAGAUGUAUCCCCACCCCACCUUAGUAACAAGGUAAGCUCACCCAUCCAUGAGCAGAGGAAAAUAGUAUUAAUGCUCUCCACAACAGAAGCACACUCAUCUACAAGGUGCCAAAGAGCACCCUCCCUUAGCAAAGAUCUUCCUCUGGCUCUCAUCUCCUAGAUAGGGACCUCAUUUGAAGAAGAUGCAAAGAAUUAAUGAGAAGCCAGAAAUUUUCCCCACCUGUGUGUGUGUUUAUGGUCUAGAUAGAUUCAAAACAUACCUCAGCUGUGUCCCAACACUGUGUCUUUUCACCCAGCUGCUGUAAAGAUCUUGGGCCAGCCAGGAACCUCUGAGCCUCUAGACAGCCUCAGCAAGUCUCUCUUUGUGGGAAGAAAGGUACCAGCUUGCUUUAGGCGUUGGCCUUCUUUGUGCAUGUGGCCCAAGCAAUGGUGCAUUAGAUGUCAACUAUCACAUGGAACUAGCUGAACCUGUGCUGGGGACUUUAAUAUGUGUGCUCAUUUCUUCCAAUAUUCCUAAGAAGAAUGCUUGUGAUUAUCAUAUCACCCCUGUACUGAGGAAACAGAGGCUCCCAGGGAGCAAUCACUUGCCCACUGAUCCAUACCUAGUAAAUCAGCAAGCCAGAAAUUAAACUUAUUUUUUUUCUGACCAAAAGACAAUACUUUUCCACCAUUGUGUCUCAGAUUUUCCCAUGGAGUUACCCAUGACAGUAAAGACUAGAGCGGAAGGGAUAGCUCAGUAGAUCUUGGUAAAGCCCAACGGUAAGUAUAAAAUUCCUUUACAGUCUCUAUUUUAACAGUUCAUGCAACAUUUGCAUUCUACUUCCUAAUUUAAACUGAUUAGUUUUAACAUGACUCUAUAAAUACUCUUUAAAAAUGUGCCCUGUAUCUCAUGUGGUUUUGAUCUGUUCAGGCCACUUGUAUGGACCCUAGGGAAUGAUAUCCCAAUCUGUGAUAUAGUGUCUGACCUGCUGCUUCCCCACUAAGGCCAAUUCCAGACUCAACCUCAAAAUGAGUCAGAGCCACCCUCCUAUGGGCAGAUCCUUUGGUGUGGGAGGACCCGACCUCACUGUUCCCAGGCUAACAUCAACUAAGGCCUCUUCCAGUUGGGUGCAGGAAGGAACCAUUUAACAGACUAGAAUGAUGAGGACUUGCCCAUCUGGCAUGGUGAGAAGUGAUACCACAAAUCCCUCAAAGGAAAAGGGAAGCUGGAUGCAGCAUUAGGCAACAGACUCCUGAAUCCUGGGCUUCUAGAAGGUGGUCCCCAUUGUCUAGGAGGAGUUCCAUGUUAGCUGAUGUGAGCAACUGUGUGAACACAUUUUACAUGAGGGGUAUGGUCUAGAAAGCCACUCAAUUUACCCUAAUACACAUUCACUGGGUUUGUACAACAUGCAACACUCUGGAGAAGUGCUACCAGAAAGCACAGAUUGCUAUGGCAUGGUGCAUCCCUUGGUGAGGGAUGGGGUGAUGGGGGAAAGAGCUCAGUCUUUGGUUUGAACUCUAGCCUUGCCAUUUCUUGGCUAUAAAAUACUGGACCAAACAACUCAUGGAAAAAUAAGCAUGCAAAGGGAAGCCUCAGCCAGAUUAUAAGGAGUAAAUUUGGGGAACAUCAGGUAGGAAAACAGGAAGGCAAGACCAGAAAAUUGAAAGCCAAUGAACGCUCAGAGCCUAGGAUGGUUAUAGACUAUUUGGCCACUUCUAUGACAUGGCAGGACAGGAUGAGGCAGAGGUGCAGCUUGGGGGGGGAUCUCUGGGGUGAAAGGUGACCAUCAUCUUCCCUCUGACCAGUCAUGCUUGUUUAUCUUCCAUUUCUGGGUACACUUAAACCCGAAUGUGUAUCCUUAGCAGAAUCCAUGUCUCCACCACUUUAGCAAGGCUUCUACAGACCACAGAAAUGAGGCCCAGGUAGGAAGAGCUUGGCAUUUACGUCAUCUCUGGACCAGUGACUGCCCAACCCAGAUCCAGAAACAUUGAAGGAAAUGAUCAUUCCCUUGGACCUCACUGCCUAAGGAUAGAAUGAAGGGAGCCACUUUUCCUUAGUCUGCACCUGGCCACUCCUGGGCUGGCCAGAUAGGCCAUCAGCACCGAGCUGAAUCAGGAUUUGCUGUGGAAGACAUGGGUGAACUCAAAUGUAAGCAUAAGCAGGAUGUUGAUCCUAAGCCAAAAAGUCAAUAGACUAUACUGAGCCAAAAUCCCUAGGGACAAGUUGCCAACCAAAGCUGAAGAGAGUGCCACAGUACAAAACACAGAUUGUCAUUUCAUCUCAAAACUCUGACUUCCGGACUUAACCUUUCCCAUCACAAAACCAACAUGAGCCCCUUCUCAGCCACUGAACAGCUCCAAAUCACAGCCAAGUAUAACAGAGAAAUAAGAAAAGUAAAUCCAACUGGAGACAAGCAACCGAGAUUCAGUCUUGUUUGUGUACACCCAUGCAAAGGCUUCCUGUCAGGGGUUUUCUGUGUAUACUUAUCUAGGAAUUAUACAAUAUGAGUUUUGGCUUCUCCUAGCAGGAAUUUGCCUAUGAGGUCAUAUACUGUCUGAACAGCAGGAAGACAGGUCGGAGGUAGACAGUCAGCUCCAAUUUCCUCUGACAUGUAUUUCAGGGUCAUAGAUCUGAUCCUUAGAAGUACCAAAGAGAUGUCUAUGCCAUAUCUGUGCACAUAAACAGACUUAGUUUCUUGGUAACCAAGGAUAGACUUUUGCUUGAGACUGACUGUUCAACUGUCUUGGAGAAAUCAAGACCAUGUCUUUCCUGUUUCUUUCCCAGCUUCAGAAGAGGUAGAAAAAUGUAUCAAAGGGAACACAUUCACUUAUGAAGUCCACCCCUGAAUGUUAGGUUUCCAAGAAGAGGAAUCAGCAUUCACAAUGUUAACCUCCAAGCCUGACAUGCCAUCCAUCUAAGAGCUUGUUGGUCCACUAGGGAUAUGGGAAGAGUCAGGACAGAAGAGGGUCUAUUGGAAAGAGCUUUGAGAACUAGAUAACCAUGGGGCUUACCUAUGUGUUUGAGUACUUCUCUGGGUGGUAGGAUGUAGACUCUGGUCCUUGAUUGGAAUUCACAGAGAAAGAAAAGGUAGGGACUUUGGAGUACUGGUUAGGAAAGUAUGAGUAUGAAAGCCUGGAGCUCAGGGUAGUUAAUGUAGUUCAUGGCUCCUUGGUUAGCAGGACUCUUGGAUUGGGGGGGGUAAGGAAUAAACUGGUAAAACUACAAAGUUGACUCUUGUAUAAGUAUUCAGUGCCUUUGGGUUUGUGAAUACAAAUUGGUAGGCUUUAUGUGAUGGUCUGACCAACUCCUGUAGCCCACCCUCCUGAACAGAGUGGCGUCAUUCUAAGUCAUUCUAAGUUAAAUCAGGCUUCUGAAGUUCAGGUAGAAUACUGCUGCCCAUAUCUUUUGUAGAUUACUGUAUCUACUGCAGAUUAUUGGAUAAAGAAAGCACAAUUUGCUAGCUCUGAGCUACUCCUGUGAAUGGAACCACUACCAAUGAGGGAAAUUUCAGAGCUGUAAGGAAGAACUUCUGACUGCCAGAGAGGAUGAGCUGUGCAACUCAGUAGCUGUCUGACAGAUGCCAGGUGUCUCCCUAAAGGGUAGAAGCAUUGCUGAGCUGAUCUUUUGGUCAUUUCCAUCCUAGGUGGGUGAGAUCCUGUGGAGCUUGGAUCAUGUUUAAACUCAUUUAUACUUGCAGUCAAGUCAUGCUUUGUGCAGGUUGGAGCCUCCUGCUCACCCAUACACACCUACUUAACACACUAGCCAAGAUGCUAUUCUGGCCACAAAUCCUGGGCUCAUCCAAGCUUGGUCAUCACCAAACACUAAGCCAGAAGAAACAACUGCUUUGCCAUAGAUAUGGUACCCACUGAGAUCUCUGAUGAGAACUUACUGGUCAACAGGGCCAUCAGAAAUAGCAAGACCUAUUAAAGGCCCAAGCAGGACCCAGAGCAAGGCUUCACUUACCAUGUUCAUUAUCUCCAAAGGUUUCUACCCCGAUUCCCCCCUCAAGGCCCAUUGGCACAGAUUUCAAAAGCACAGUGACACAGUGAAUACAAGAUUUUAAUCAUUCCCAGUGCAUAUAUUUCAUCACUUGGGGGAUCUUGGGUUUGCCAAAGUUAACCCUAGGUAACCCAUAUUGGUAAUCACACUCAAAAGCACUUUUGUAUCUUCUCUUUUCAUUCCACAUCCUUGUGACCAUCAAAGACAGAAUUGAGACCUCUAUAAUUGUUUUGGUUACUGGCCACCCUCGUAGCUCUCUAACAGCUAUCAUGUGGUCCCCACUCAUCUCCAUGGAGGCUGACAUAUUUAUAUCCAUGAAGCAUAUGAUAUUGCAUGAGACCAGUCUCCACAAUAUUGGCAGCCUCCUCCACAAAUCCACAUGGUCUGCACUUGUACAGUUUGGGUGUUUGGUAGAUAAAGCACGUAUGAGAAGAGAAAACAAAAUAAAUAAACUUUUAAAAGGAGCCAGCACUGUGCUGUCAAUGUUCAUUUUUUUUUUCCUUUUUCUUUCCAAUUCUAGCUUAAAAAAGCAGAAGGUAAAUAAUGUCAGGUCAAUGAAUAUCAGAUAUAUUUUUGACUGUACAUUACAGUGAAGUGUACUCUUUUUACACCUGCAAGUCCAUCUUAUUUAUUCUUGUAAAUGUUCCCUGACAAUGUUUGUAAUAUGGCUGUGUUAAAAAUCUAUACAAUAAAGCUGUGACCCUGAGAUUCAUGUUUUCCUAA